AUUCGCUAUUAUUGUCGGAAAGAGAUCUAUUUGUGCAUUUAGUUCAGAACGAUGAUAUAGCUUAACGUUUGAAUCAGAUCGAACUUUUGCCGCGCAGCACGACUAGCGUUAACGUUUCACAACCGUCAUGCCACAGUCGCGUAUGAAUCAUGCCUAAGGACACGAACCCGGUCUCAUAACAAGUCAAAUUAAGCACACACGCAAACUACAUAGUUCCAUAUCUCGAUAAUUCGACCUGGUUUAUAACAUCUGAACACGUCCUUUGUCAUCGCCAGAAGAGAUAGGCAAUAUAACAAUACAGGAAUACAGCCUAACAUAGGGAUCAGUGUUUUCAUGGUGUUUUAAAGACCCUGACACACUUUGAACCCAUUAACUAUAGACUUUGAGUUUAUAGUCGACAAGAUGGCUUAAAGAGCGCCAAUAAUAUCACCUAGUACGGAAAGAUUUAUUGGCUUUAAAGAUUUAAAUUUGGUUAACGGAAUUGACGAUGACACUUGGGAAAUGAUAAUGAUGAAUAUGAAUCUUAUGCCCAAGUAUUUGCGUGAUUUUAUAACAGUUUUGGGCGGAAUACAUACAGCAUUUAGUACAAAAGUAUUACCCGAGACAUUAAUAAAUGCCUCAAGGUCUCGAAGAAAAAUUGUUUAAAUUUCGUCAGACUACUUCAGAGUGUUAUGUGAAUAGCCCACGGCGAACUCUGUGAGUCAAUUAUAAUUUGUGCGUGCCAAUAUUUGAAUUAAUUAUUUUUUUUUGGUAAAAAUUUUGAGAUGCAAUAAUCUUUAUCUUCAAAACAUCUGGUUGUCUAUUUCAUGUGUUCGGGAAAUAGUCUUUUUAGUGAGAACUGGUUUUGCCGGCCUCUUUCAUCAAAAACAAAGUAAUAAAAGACGGGUCGGCAGAAAUGAACGAAUAUGUUUUGGAAAAGAAAUGUAUGCAAUGAAAAAAUUGAACCUCAAAAAACACGCAAAAACUGAGUAAAAAGAAAGAUGAAAAUGGAAAUGGAAAGGAAAAAAAUGAAACACACGAAAUUAUAAUAUGAAUUUACUGAAAGAUUAAGUCAUUUGCAUUUGAAAUAGACAAGCUGUAUAUCUGAUAACAUUUCUAAAUAUAACUAUUCAAUAAGACUUAUGAAUUUUCAACUUUUUUCGUGUUUAAACAACAAGCGUGCUGCUCAAAUACUAGAACCCUUACUUUGCUCAUUUAAAAUUGACUGUCUUUCCCAGCUAUGUGUGUGAAUAUGCACGACUGAGACGCUUGCUUAUCAUACACAUGGUUUGUAUUGAAUCGCGAUGGGUAUCUAUACGCAAAGGUGUGCUAAGUACGUGGUUUUAUUACAAACCAAAAGAUAAAUUAGCUUUUAUAAGAGACUCGAUCAACUUGCUAGGUUAUUAGUGGUUUUACUACUCAAAUGACGUGGUACAAUAUAUGAAAACGAAUCUUUUACAAGAAAGCGAUCAAGAUCAGAAUCAAGAUACAUCAUAGAAAACAGCGAGUAGUUCUUCUAGAGCGCAGUAUCAGAGCUGUUGUUUUUUCUAGCUUUUCUCUCUGGUAACUGAAUGGUGGUUUUGUGGUCUACUGUAGGAAACAUUAAAAACCUGAAGUGAUUUAGAUGAAAGAGAAAGCAACAACAAACACACUAUUGGAAAGAAAGACAGCGAAAACAGAAUGAACGCGUCCAACGUGAGYGCCACUCUUCCUGGAGCGCCAUUGGAACUCACAGCAAACAAUAUCAUUGCUGCUGUUUUUGUUUCUCUUUUAAUUCUAGCAACUUUAGUCGGCAAUGGYCUUGUUUUUAUCAGUUUCUACAUGUUCACMGACCUCAGGACGAUCUGYAAUUAUUUCAUAUUGAGUCUAAGCUUGGCCGACAUACUUGUAGCCCUCCUAGCCAUGCCAUUUUGGCUGCAACUUCAACUAACGAACAACAAAUGGCUAUUAUCUCCUGGACUGAAACUGUUUUGGGACUGUGUGGAUAUUYUAUGCGGGACAGCGUCUAUAAUGAAUCUAACRGCGGUCAGCUUUGACCGUAUGAUGGCAAUUACAGCGCCGUUUGCCUAUCCUAAGACUAUUACAUCAAAGAGGGCUUUAGCUGUCAUCGGCGGUGUAUGGGUCUACGCUCUAGCCGUYGCGGGUGCGCGAAUCAAUAUCAUGAUUUGGCCGGGUAGAAGYUUUCUCAUAUUCGUAUCCAUCGUUACSUUUYUAYUGCCGUUUUCCGUCGUAAUCGUCAUGUACGCGAUCAUAUUUUUUGUCGUACGUACACAAGUAAAGAGAAUCGGGAAGAACCACGCGAAUGAGAUGAAAGCUGCUAAGACUAUAGCAGUUGUAAUCGGAGGUUUCYUAGUGUGUUGGUUGCCAUUUUUCGUCAUAGUCGUAGGACAUGCGUACAGUAAAAACUUCAAGCCKCCGUACGCGCUCUUUAACGURAUUAAAUGGCUAKCGUACUUUAAUUCGUGCUUGAACCCUUUGAUWUAUACGUGYAUGAACCGUACGUACAGACGCGCGUUUAAAAGACUUUUUACGCGCUGUUGGAUUAGGCUCGACCCUUCGGGAGAAAGACGCGCGAAGUUAAACCAUUUUCUCAGUCAGGGUCAUACUGGAGCUCUCUUAACGACUACUGUUUGUGAACAGCAACGUAGCAGAAGCAGYAAUCUACAGGAACUUGACGCAUUUGACAGACUCUAGGAACACUAUGGACUCUCCCAAAAUACGAUUUACGUAGAUUACCUUACGUAAACAUGCGUAUACGUACGUACUUCCUGAUAAAAUACGUGCCUGCGGUAAAGAACUUAUAGCUAUGGGAAUUAUAAGAGUAGACUAUGGACUYUCUCAAAAUAUGGUCUACGUGGAUCACCCUUCGUACACGUGCGUAUACGUACGUACUUCCUAAUAAAUUACGUGCCUGCAAAGAACUUAUAGCUGUGGGAAUAAGAAGCGUUAGUUGGCUUCAAAUAAUUGAAUACGGAUUAUCCCGAUGCGGCACACUGCGUUUACGUUCGACCUGAUAAAAAUACGCAACAAUAUAGAGCUCAUAGCUAUCCAAGGGAAGAAGAAACGUAAUUAAAACACAGGUUUUAAUGAAAUGAUGAGAACGAUAUACAACCGGAAAAAAAAAUUCAAGUAGAGACGUUUUAUAUAAGGAAAUCGGCUUAGAUCAGAGAAGAUUACGAAGAUUACGAGAGUAAAACGUUUCCACAAAGACUGUAGUUUGAUUAACUACAGCUAUGACAAAUAUUCCUAAAAACGUACCAAAAAUAACCUGAAUGAAAGACAACUUAGUSAGACUAUGUCAACAGGCGAAAUUAGAGGAAAAGAAAGACUUACAGUCACUUAUAUCAAAGCUCAACACAUAGAAGUGGUCUCCUUUUAAGGAACUACAAUGCUAUGGAUCAAGUAGAUAUAGGUUCAAGAAUUACAAAAUUCAURGCGUGAUAUUGUAGGCAUGUUUUGUUAUCUUAUGGAGAACAAACAGAGCGAAUUUCUUGAGUACACAGAUGGUUUUGAGUGUUAAUACCGUGUGAAAUUCGUUCUUGACCCUACGCAUGCAGACGAGACAAUCCAAGUGUUAUAAGCACAUAAAAAAAAWUUAACCACUUCAAGUCUUGGCACUCAAAACGUGAAUAUAGUCCGGGUUAACGAUAUUGCUUCACAAUGGCGUCGAGUGCAAGCACAGCAGUCAAUUACUUAUCAGAUAAAAAGGCUUAAAUUAAAUUACACUUGAUUAUGGAGUUUGCCAUAAGCUUCCGAAAAAAUCCUCGUCAAUAAUCCCGAUGUAAAUGACGUCCCAGCUGAUAUAUGACCAUGAAAGGGAACCGGCUAUUCUGAAAGUAAAGAUUAAAUGUGGAAAAAAACAUUAAAAAGAAMUAUCGCAUUAGAUUUGGAUAUCACAAGAAAAGACCAAGAAACUGAUAAAUUGAACUAAAGACCAUUGCAAAAACUUAAAAAUAUUCGCAAGCAAAACGCAGAACUUGGCUGCUUAAGUGUUGUAUAAGUAACCGUGGCAACCUACGAUGUUAUCAUAAUCCAGCACGUUUCAUACAGAGAGUCAGAGGGGGGUGGGGUGGGGGUGAAUUCCCCCCUUCCUUUAUAAUGAUAAAUUUAUGGAAAAACUAUAAACAURUGCCAUUUUCUGCGGAUUUAUAUAAUAUUAGUGUGAACUGACGUUAGACUAUCGCACCUUGGYAGUCACUAAUUUCAUUGUUUAAGAUUUAGCCUCACAUAAAGCAAUCUGAGAGGGUGGGUGUGGGGAAUUUUUCCUCCCUCCCAUUCAUCAGAAUAGCUACGGUUCAUUACGUAUCAUUACGUUUGAGUUCUAAAAUAUUACCAUUCACGCAAUCACGCCACUACGCCGUGUGGGAUAGCCUCGGCAAUCAUACAUAUUUCAUACCAGAGCAUGCGCAAUAGGUAAAUUUUAGUCUUACUAAGAAGGACUGCAAACGGUCGCCUUCUAAAUAAAAAAGCAGGAAAAAAUUCAGCUGUGKAAAUAGUUGGUUAAGAUGACUGAUCCUCUUUUAAAGAAAAAGGAUUAUAAUUAUUACAUUGUAGGACGCUAAGCUUAUAUGAACAAGAAAAUAAUACUAAUACAAGAUAAUAAUAAUACUUUUUUUUCGAAUCAAUAAAGUAUUAUUAUYAAAGAAUUAUUAUUAGAAAUGGCAUUUACAUAAAAAUCCGAGAUCGACAGAACGUAUAUAAUAAAUUACAUGAAGAUACCGCCAUGCAUAUACAAUAUAUAAAAGACUAGAAAAUGAACAAAAUACUAGUCUAAUACUGAUUACUGAUAAAUAAAAUAUUUGGAUAUAGUCGUGUAUAUAAAAUAAAUAUAUGCAUAGCAUCUUGCGCAUAUAUAAAAUAUUAGGAUGAUAUCGUGCAUAUAUAAAAUAAGACUUUAAAAUAUCAUGUCAAUAACAAAUAACAGUCUGACAUAUAAAGAAAAUAUUUGGAUAGCUAUCGUGUACAUAAAACAGUAUAAAGACAUGUAAAUAACAAAUAAUUGGAUAUUUGCGCACAAAUAUUUCAUGUCCAAAAAAAUUAGUAUAAUACGAUUCAUAUCCAUUGUAUAAGUUAAGAAAUAWAACAUCUUACUUGCAUUGAAGAAUUUGAGAGACUACUUGGAUUUAAGAUGGAUGAAUGGGAAAUUGAAUGAGAGGAGGGGUGGAAUAAAUGAAGGCUGGGAUGAUUAAUGACAGGGUAGAUGAUUUAAUGGUGGAAUGAAGAAAACAAGUUGAACGAGAGAGGCAGAAGAGCUUUCA